AUGGACGCUGCGGGCGUCACCCUGAAGCUGGUUCUGAUCGGGGACAGCGCCGUGGGGAAGUCCAGCCUCCUGCUGAGGUUCACUGACGGUGCGUUCGAGCCGUGCCUGACACCCACCAUCGGUGUUGAUUUUAAAGUGAAGAAAGUGGUGAUAGACGGCCAUGCGAUACAGCUUGCGAUAUGGGACACAGCAGGACAGGAGCGCUUUAGAACGCUGACUCCCAGUUAUUAUCGAGGAGCUCAAGGGGUUGUCUUAGUGUAUGAUGUUACAAGAAAAGACACUUUCGCAGGACUAGAGAGCUGGCUGAAUGAGCUGGAAAUGCAUACCACCAGAAGCAACACUGUGAAGAUGUUAGUGGGCAAUAAAACCGAUAAGCCUGAUCGUGAAGUAGAGAGAAGAGAAGGACUCCAGUUUGCUAGGAAACACUCACUGCUUUUUAUAGAGACCAGUGCCAAGACACAGGAUGGAGUGCAACAUGCCUUUGAGGAACUGAUCAUAAAGAUCCUGCAGACACCAGGUCUUUGGGAUAAAAGCACAGACAAGCGGGGAGUCCAGCUAAGGGAAUCUUCAGCACAGCAGGAUAAAAGCUUAUGUGGUGCAUACUGUCCACUUUCUUAA